GGUCUACACCGAAUCGCACUGGUACUAACUUUCCUCACUAAACUCCACCUUAGAGACCUGUGAAGAUAGACAGAGCACGCUCCUGUAAACGUGGAGCGGAGAUCGUGUGUCUAUGGAAGCUUUCGUGAAUAUCAUUAUCAUCCUCUUCGGAAGACCAGAACGCGCCCUUGCCCGGUGUCAGUUUCUGCGAGUCAGAGAAGAGGGAAAGAGCAACAUUUCUCCCCGGUGAACCAUCAAUCAAGGCUGUCAAUUCUUCACCACGGUAUUACGUUGGGUUUUUUCGUACGUGUUCGUUUGCGCCUUUCAAUCCUACGCGUUUCGCUUCCGCGGGAACCCUCUGCUCAGUUCUGCAUGCGCUCAGCUAUACAUGACUUGUUCGAGUCCGCAAGACCACGUCCGUUUCGUCAUUUCUUCUCAUUUUCCGACUUUUUCCAGUCUCCGUUAUGUUUCGGGAGUAUCAGCGGCAGUUUAUUUCCGCUAGUCACUCAGAGCGCCGUUCAGCAGUAUCGCAAGACAAGCUGACCUCGUUUCUCUCUUCUUCCAUCGUCCCUCUUUACCUCCGGGGUUUUCUUUGCUCGUUGCUUGGCUCUUGUAAGAAAAGAGAUAGUUUCUUUUCGACUCGUUUGAUGCCUUGUCUCACUACGUAGGUCGAUGAGGUAGUGGCUCGGUCAAAAGGAUGAGAUGUUUAUUCUUUCAAGCUGGUUCUGUCUGUGUUGUCUCAGAAAGACACCCAUAGAGGUGACCCCGCCACAAUUAUCUUUGGCGUGCCCCUGCCACUUUCUUCUGCGGUCACUAGGCCUCCUUUGCCACUGUGGUUGUUGUCGUGCAUCCAUUUUUCCCCGUUUCUCUACACACUUAUUGUUUCCGUAGGCCUUUCCCAGGACAAGUUCACGGGUAACGAUCCGUUGCGGCAAAAAGUGAUAAAGGCACGCUGGUUUCGGUCGUUCCUUCCCUCUCAUCUGUACACAGCACUCCCUCUCAGAAAUAUCCAGUGGUUAUUUCCUGUCGCAUCUUUCCUUUUUGUGAAUAAGGGUCCUUCGAUGACGCGAAACAACUGGUGGUGGAACCCUGCUUUUUUCAACCCAUCCUUGUCUUGAAGUCUUUUGUUUUCUCAUAGUGGAUCCGCGAACAGAUGUUUCGUUGGUCGUCCGCUCUUCCUCGCUCUACCCUUCAUGGGUAGCUCCAAACUCGCGUGCAGCGGUUUCUAGCUUCUCAAAAAAAUGCCGUGCGACAGAACGGCGGAUUUCCUGGCGUUCGCGGAGCGCGCCAGUCCAGGAGCUAUCUCCCAGGCCCGAGAACUCCGCAGUAGGACAGUCCGACACGCCGACAACUCCUUCAAUGCCUCCGCGGCGGAAAUCGGCACUCAGCUGCACCGGACGUCCUUGAAGCUCAAAGAGCUCGCCAAGUUUGCUCGGCAGCGGAGUAUCUACAACGACAGGACGGCGCAAACCCAGGACCUCACGUACGAAAUAAAGAAGUCGAUUACAGAGCUGAACUGCAAGAUCGACUAUCUGGAGCAGAUAGCCAAAGACUCAGGAAGCGAAGGACAGUCUCGUCAGCAUUACAACACGAUGGUCGACAUGUUGAAGGGGCGUCUGUUGGAUGUAACGAAGGAAUUCAAGGACGUUCUGUUGCUUAGGACAGAGAACAUGAAGAAACAGGACGAGCGAAGAAAUCUGUACUCAUUCGCGGGAUCGCUGAAUCCAUCCAGUUCAGCAUAUGGAAAGUCGAGCGGCGACUACGACCUGGAAGGCGGCGAAAAGACGCAGCUCGUGGCACAGCGCGACUCAAGUUCUUACGCACAAUCGCGUGCAGAGGCAGUCGAAAAUGUGCAGAGGGUAAUUGGAGAGCUGGCGACAAUUUUUCAGCGCGUCGCCACGAUGAUAUCUCAUCAGGACGAAAUGAUUCAGCGCAUCGAUCAGGACAUUGACACCUCGAUGCACAACAUCCGCCAAGGGCAAACGGAGCUUCUGAACUAUUUCAACCGCAUUUCAUCGAACCGCGCUCUGAUUCUGAAAGUCUUCGCAAUUCUGUUUACGUUCAUCGUUUUCUUCGUCUUUUUCUUGAGCUGAAGAGUCGAGCAGAGUCUACGAUUCGCGCAACAGUUCUCAAACACCCGCGUCGCGGGACCUGAUAUCUGCACGGGGUGACUUGCUGUAGAUUCUGUCCAGGUUCUUCUACUCUGCUCUGAUUGCUUCUGCGCGACGUCUCCAGAAAGGCAUUCAAGAAAUACAAACAGUUUUAACCAGACUCUCGGCAUUCCCUAGAGAGGUACAAAUGCCUAGUUGUUACCGUCUCGUUAUGUUGGUGGAAAAGCGCUUCUCUCUUGUAUCUACGUGUCUCGAUUAAAUGAAAGAGGUAUUCAUGCUCGGUCUACCCGGAGACCUACAUUUUUUCUGGUCAUGGGGGCUGGGGCUGGAAAAGUUGCCGUCUCAAAUUUGUAUUCUCGCUCCUGUUCUUUUCAAAGUGUUCUCUGUUGCUUCUCUUUUGCUCAAUUUGCCUACUUGAGAGACUCGAUCCUCAGCUGGGAAGGUAUCCCGCACAGGCCCCCGUAAAAAAGACUGCUUAACCAGGCGCCUCGGGGGGUCGUGUUGACUUAUUUUCAUCACACCCCUGACGAAGAUCUUUUGUUCCUUUUCUUCUUUACGUCAUAUAUGCUUUGGCAUUCUUUUCGAUCCGGGGAACUUGUGGAAGAACUGCUAGGGUGCGAAGACCGACAGGCACGCUACCUUCUAUCCUUCCACCUUCUACCGCGUCGGUGAUCUCCUGCGCCUUCUGGAAUAUACAACUGACACAACCUGGCGUCUAGCGAGCCAUCGUGAAAACCACCACAUUUUCGCUGGUGUCCGCAGAAAAAGUGUAUCCCCCCCUCGAAUGUCGAACCUCAAAAAACGGCAUGCAGCGUUCGUCUACAGUGCAUAUGUUUGGCAAGUUGUUCAACGUCACGCAACCUGUAGUGAUUCGUGCCUUGGUAACGAGGUAGAAAUAUCGUUUUUCUAUAUGGAAGCCUGACAGCAGCAGCCCGGCGGAUAUCAGUGCCACAACAUCACCGAAGGACUGCGAAACGGACGACCGUGGCGGGUGUAGCCAGUCGUUGUGAUGAUACCUUCCUCGUGUCUGAGUGAGGUCGGACGACUCAGUGAUGAGGAUAGUCCUUGUCUGCCUCGUUUCGGAUACACCUCACGCAGAAAGACAUGUAAACUUAUUACAAUCGGAUAGGUUAAAGGGGAUCCUCUGUUGAACGUAGCGGGAACGUGCGAGAAACCGCAACUUGGAGUGCGUGUUUUUCCACUGUAGGCCGGAGAACCAGUCGAUUGUUCACGAAUGCGCGGUUGUCCCCAAAAAAGUUUGAUAAUAAAUUUGGUAAAAGUCUCUUUAUACUCACUGGAAAGCAAGUCAGUCACGCCAUUGUUGGUGGUGCGUGCGGUUUGAGGGACUCUUUAAUGCGAUCUGUUAGUCUUCUUAUCAAGGGAUGGUAGGUGGCAUGCAUUUUUAGAAUGAGGAGCGCGAACGGUAAGCGAAUCGCAUGUUUUCCAAUGUUACACAGGGGUGCCGGUGAGCAGAACCAACGGUGUUCCCGUUAGGCAGUGUUGUGCUGACUUCUAUACGUCACUGUUCCCGAGAACAAUCUAAAAUUGUGGCACUCUCGUUGAAUGCGAGGCUUUGAUCUC